AUGUCUGAAAAUAUAAAAGAUAGUGAUAAAAUAGCAACAAAUGAAACAACAGAAAGGCCAGUAGAUUUUAGUAAAUUAGAUGAAUCAUCAGAAAGAACACAAAUAUAUCAUGAUGAUUUAUAUGAUAAUGAUAUAAAGGUAUGUUUACCAGCAAGAAUAGGAUGGCCAAAAGCUUUUAAGUCUAUGACAGAUGGAAUAAAAUGGGGCUGGGGGUUUACAAAUACACCAAAAGAAUCAUCAAAAUAUUAUAUAAAUGAAAUAUUAUGUGGAUGUAUAUUAUGUUUAACUAUGUUACCAGAAAUGAUAUCUUUUUCAAUGAUAGCUAAAAUACCUCCAUAUCUUGGAUUACAAGGAGCAUCUUUUUUAUGUUUAAUCACAUCGAUUUUUGGAGGAUCUCCAGGGGUUAUUCAUGGUGUAACUGGUGCAUUUGCAUCUGUAUGUUCAAAAUAUUUAGAAGAAAAUGCCAAUCCUGAACUUUUACCGGAUGGAAUAGAACGGUUAUAUGUGUGUAUACUAAUUUGUUCAAUUAUUUUAUUCUUCUUUUCCUUAUUUCAUAUGUCUGCUUUAAUUCAGUUAAUUCCUACCCCUGUUUUUAUUGGGUACUGUAAUGGCCUUUCGAUUAUUUUUUUAAGGGCCCAGUUACAUACCCUAAAAGACCCUUUCACACAUGAAUAUAUUAGGGGAUAUUAUUUACUUUUUUUUCUCAUUAUCUGUACUCUUGUUGUUAUCAUAGUGGAGCUUUGGAAAAAGAUACCCAAGGUAGGGCACAAGAUCCCAUCGACACUAAUAGCUAUAGCAGUUACGAUAUUUGUGGAGUUCGUCAUUCUUCGAAAAAUUUUACACAAUUUUGAUUCCUUUAAAGAUGUCAAAUCAUUUACAGUGGGUGAUAUGUUUUCCUUUACAUCGGACAAAGCGAAGCCGACUUUUUUAUUCACUAAUAAGGAUUUAAAUUUUUCGAAAGUUGUUUUUGAUAUGGAUUUAAUUAAACAAAUAGUAAAUAUGUUUGUAGUGUUACUAGUUGAAGUGUUAAUGGUUAGUGAAGUAAUAAAAGAUAUGGGUGGAGCGGAUUGUGAUACAAAUGAAACUAUUUUUUCUCUUUUUAUUGGUAAUAUUUUAGCUACGUUAGGAAGUGCUGUAGGUGGUAGUAGUUUGUUAGGUUUAUCAGUUUUAAAUUAUAGAAAUGGAGCUAGAGGUAAGGAGAGCGGAGUAGUAGCAGCAAUAUUAAUAUAUGGCAUACUACUUUUUGGUUAUUCUUUGUUGAAUUAUAUUCCUUUAUCUUUUUUAUGUGGAAUAAUGAUUACUGUUUUUUUACAUUGUUUCAAAUGGUUUUCCAUUCCUAUUGUUUUCUUUACCUUCUGCCCUGCGUACAUAAGAAACUGCCACCCAUGCAUGAGCAGAAAAAUAUCAAGAUGGGAUGCCUUUAUCAUUGUCCUUGUCACUGUCUUAUGUGUUUUCGUGAGCGUUCCAACUGGGGUUUUUGCAGGGAUAAUUUUAUCCGCUUUAGUAUACGUUUGGCAAAGUAAAUCAACUUUUAAAUUUGAAAUAUUUUAUGAUAAGGACACAGACACAAAGUACUACGAAAUCGAAGGGCAUUUAUUUUACGCAUCAAAAAAAAUGUUCACACGGUUAUUUAUCUAUGAAAACGAUAGCUCAACAGUUAAUAUAGUUCUUAAAGGGAAGAGCACUUUAUUUGAUUAUACGGCAAUUGAAGCUUUAACAUCUGUUAAACAGCAGUACAACCUUAAUAACAAAAAUGUAACUAUACAUGGAUUAAGUCAUGAAUGUAUUAAAAAAAUUGCUAAAAUGAAUCAUUUAUGCAAGCAAAUUGAUGUUGAUUUGGUAAAAGUAGAGACACCAGUUGUACCUUUAUUAUACAAGCCUUUACGAACUAUUAUUAAGACACAAAAAACUAUAAGGAGAAGAAUGUCUUUCAAAAUUAAGAAAAAGAAAAAAGAGGAUUCCCCAAUGGACAAAUCAAUCGAUAAUUUAGAGCCAUAG